AUGGACCUCAACAACCUGUCAGCAAACUGGAAGAAACUGCAAGCGACGCUCAACAACAGGACAGGCAGCUUCUCCACAAAGUCCUCGUUCAAGCAUGGCGUGAAACGCAAACGGGAGGACGUCCAGAAUAUCGCCAGUAAAUCCCCCGCGGAGCCCCCGAAAACUAGGAAGAGACCACACAUCCACAGGGCCAUGGCUCUCGAUGGCGACCAUUCUACGAGACCAUCGUCGAUCCAAGAACUAGAGAAUCGCGACAACCUUCCUCGUCCACGGCCACCUCCUCGUGAGCCAUCGCAGAAGGUAAACGCGGGGCUGUCUCCCGAGGUAGAAAUUGGCAGGUACGUUGCCCUGGAUUGCGAGAUGGUCGGGGUUGGCCCGAACCCAGAGAGAGAAUCCGCACUCGCCCGUGUCAGCAUCGUCAAUUACAAUGGCGACCAAAUCUACGAUUCCUACGUUCUUCCACUUGAGACCGUUACGGACUACCGAACGCAUAUUAGUGGAAUCUCACACAAUCACAUGAAGACUGCCAGACGAUUCAAGGAGGUUCAAGUGGAAGUGGCAAAGAUCCUAAAGGACAGGGUUAUAGUUGGCCACGCCAUACGGCAUGAUCUAGAAGCAUUGAUGAUCAGCCAUCCUCAACGAGAUGUCCGGGAUACAGCUCGCCAUCCAUCCUAUCGAAAAAUAGCAGGAGGUGGAUCACCGCGACUGAAAAUCCUUGCUUCUGAAUUGCUAGGUUUUGAGAUACAGCAGAGUGAACAUUCCAGUGUCGAAGAUGCCCAGGCUUGCAUGCUACUGUUCAGAAAAGACAAAGCCGCUUUUGAACGAGAACAUUCCAAGCGAUGGCCGGCACAACCUCCUCCCGAAAGAAACCAGGAUGCGGAAGACCAGACGAAACCUCGUAAACAUAAGAAAAAAAAGAAGAAAAGAAAGCAUUGA